CCACACACCACACCGAACGCGCUUGCCAGUCUCACUCUCCCUCGACGGCAAGACGGCUCCAAAGCCAGCCGGGGCUGGGGGCCCCUCCUGCGGACUUCCCUUCCGUUUCUGCUGCCCUCUUCACGGCCCCGGACGACCCCGACUUGCUUAAAAACCUUUUCAAUGCACACUACAGAAGACUCUGGCGUUGCGCUUACCUCUGGCGCCAAUUGGGGCCCCUCCUGCCGACUCCCUUUCGCUCCCGCUGCCCUCCUCACGGCCCCGGACGACUCGCCCCGGCCUGCUCAAUCCUUUUCAACGCGCUCGAACGAAGACACUAGGCGGCAACGCGGACGAUACACUCGCCACUGUAGCUGGUGGAGAGUUCUGGGCGCACCUUCUGCCACCGCGCGCCAUCGCGACGGUGGAUCGACGGGAAAAUGGACAGGCACCACGCGCCACACUCUGUCGUCCUUCGUGUGGCUUGCGCAACGAUCUGCCGGUUGGAUCUGGGCUGGCGCCAGGCGCGACGCUGGCCAAAUCUUGGCAGUUUCGGCCACGAUUGGUCCCGAGGUGCGCCUGGGACACAUCCCAGAUGUCUCGACGCGUUUCGGCGGUCUGCAUCGGCCGCGCUCGAGCUCGCUGUCGACAGUGGUCUGCACAAGAUCGCGCAGGCAGAGCGAACGCGGCCGUCCAGCCGCUGAAGUUUUCAAGACAAGCGGGCCAACGGCUGGCCCUGCGCUCGCCGAUCUCUGGACCUUCAGGAUGAGACGGGGCAAUAUGCCCCUCUAUCCCCAGCGAGUUUCACGCGGGACGACUGCGGGCUUGGGUCAGCGCUGCCCGGCCAGGACUUUCCGCGGCCAGCGACGUUCCGCUGCCCUCGAACGAAAAAGGAUUCUGGUCCUCCAGGGGCGGCGUACACGUCAAGAGAGACUCGCGAGACACAUCCUAGAUGCUCUCGAUCCGUCUCCGCGGGCUAUGUACUCCGCGUUCGCUGUGGACCGCGUUGUGCACACGAUCGACAGCGUUGGCUUGCUUCUUCAACUUCUCAAAGUUUGGAAGCGAACAGGCCAGCGGCUGGCCCUCCGCUCGCCGAUCUCCGUUGCGCGAAACUCGAGCCUGGCGAGCCGAGUCCUCGCUCGUUCGGCCUGGCGCUUUCAGGCCACUGUCUGGGUCUGCGCGGUCCUCCCGCUGUCUUCCGAGGCCAGGGGCGUUCCGGCCCGCAUCGCGGCCGUUCGGCGUGGAAACUUGCGCCCGGACAGCGAGCAUACGCCCGCCCAUCUCCUGGGAAUCGCAAGCGGAACGACGCCCUCGUCUUGCCGCAGCGCCGAACCAGCUCUCGCACAAGUCAAGCCCGACGUGCCCUGCGCGUUCUGCUUGCAAACAGCCGCCAUUAGUUUUUUCAGAUAUUACCUCACUGCUCAGUCAAUUUGCAGCCCGCAAAUGCAACGAGGUGGCCACAGCGCUGUCGUCAAAGCCAAUCCCCGAAGUACUUCCUUUACCGCGGCCCUUGACGAAGCUGGCACGGUGGCGAUACUGCCGGGCUGGCUCGUAGUCGGCACCGCCGUGUAUAAGUCUUCUGGCUCAUCACAAACAGCAUACUGA